ACCGGUGACGUAGCUCUCACGUGACCAGGAGUCGACGUGUGCAGAAGUCCUGCUAGUCUGGUCCUUGUUCGCCGCUGGGUACCAGCUUCCCUUGAGCAGCGCAGACGGCGGGGCCCGAGGCCAGGGGAGGAAGGAUUCGGCUUGCCGGAAUUUUGCAGGUCUGUCGUUCCCAGCUGUACGCAGGGCUGGAAAGGGCAAGGAAGAACGUGACCGCAUCAGUACAGAAGUAAUUGUUUCAAAGAGGAAUAAACAGAAAAAAAGAAAGAGGGCAAAGAAGGAAGGAAGAGAGACAGGCACAAGAUGAAACCCUGUCAAAAAAUUGAAGGAAAACCAGAAAAUGAGAGUGAACCAAAAUUUGAGGAAGAGCCAAAGCCUGAGGAAAAGCCUGAGGAGGAGGAAGAGCCAGAGGAGGAGGAAAAAUCAGAAGGAACUUUUAAAGAAAGGCUGAUUCAGUCUCUCCAGGAAUUUAAAGAAGAUAUACACAACAGGCAUUUAAGCAAGGAAGAUAUGUUUAGAGAAGUGAAUGAAAUAGAUGAGAUAAGGAGAGUAAGAAACAAACUUAUAGUGAUGCGUUGGAAGGUUAAUCGAAACCAUCCUUACCCCUAUUUAAUGUAGUUUCCCUGGAUUUUUUUUUUCUGAUGUUAACAUUGCUAUCUUGUAAUUUGUGUUUUCCUGAUAUACCUUUGUCCAUCUUUCUACUUUUAACUUGUUGCUAUUAAUGGUUUUGGAUGCAUCUCAUUGUUUAUUGUAUUUCAAACCAAUCUACAAGUCUCUGCCUUUUAAUAAGAGACCUUUACUCCUUUGUACAAAAAGAGAUGCCUGACAGGAUAUAAAAUGAAAAGAAAAGGUAAUAUGAGAAUAUCGUAUUUUUGAAAGGGAAGAGUACAUUUAUAUAUUAACAUAUAUGCACAAAAGAACAUGUAAAGAAUGAAAGACACAAAGUACGGUGAGUGGUAGUGUUAAGUGAUUUUUAAAAUUAGCUUAUUGGUAUUUUUCCUUCUUCCUAGAA